CAAGUUCACGACGAACUGAGUUGUACCGGUUGGGAAUUAUUACAAUUAUUUGCAUAGAACUUUUAAACAACGUAAAUUGUUAUUGCUCUUCUAUUUCCACACAUAAACCCACUAUGGCAGACGUAGAAAACAAGGAAGAUCUCGUCGAAGACGGAAAAAACAAAAUGAAUGUUAAAUGCAAAUUCUGCAGCUCUAAAAUUCUAGACAAAAAAUCGGCUAAUUAUAUCACGCAAGAGAUGGCAUUGCCUUUGAUGCAGCAAGACAAUAACCGGAAGGAGGGUGAGAUUCAGAAUGAAACAGUGAGCGAGUUCUAUCAUGUAGAAAACAUGUAUACAUUCGAAAACAUCGGUUUUACACACACAGUUGACAACUACAAAUAUUUGAGUUGUGCAGACUGUGAUGCUGGGCCAGUGGGGUACUACGACAUGAAUACUAAGCAGAGCUAUGUCGCGUUGUCGAGAAUUGUACAUUCCUAGGAAUUUAUAGUUUAAAAUUAGAUACUAACGGUGCAUUUCACAGGAAUGUCCCUUAUGAAAUGCUUUUGCUUUGUAUGACAACUACUUCAACAUUAAAUAUUAAAUAAAUGUCAUAUACAAAGAAAAAGUGACCAAGGCCUCCAAGUGUUCCGAGCUGGAAUUGAACCAGUGUACUCCGUUAACCGGACGGAUGCCUCAACAUUAUCAGACACAUAAUCAUAGUCCUAGUGUUUUCAGAAGUAUUAGAAGAAUCAUUUCGUAGGAGAUUCUUGUGGAAUGCCUCUAAUGCCCAUCUUGAAAUUGAUGGAAAGAGAAUUGUAUUCAAAGCUUAUACUUACAUAUGAUUCUGAUUGUCAUAUGAUGCUGAAUUUUGAUGAUUGCAGAUAAAAUAUUUAUUAUAUAUGUUAACCCUUAGAGUGCUAGACAGUGCUCCUGACCAAAUAACAUCAUGAAAUCUGAAUCAAUAAAAUAAAAAUUCCAACUACUCACUAAUUAUGUAUACUGCCAAUUUAAUGUACCUACAGUUUUUUUGGAAGUACUUAUACUCCUACAGUAAUAAUGAAGCCAACUAAUAUUUGAGGAGUUUAUUAAGCCAAAGGGCAGUGCGACACUAGUACCACUUUUGAUGUUUUCUUAUAUCAUCAAAAUGAAAUCUUUUUUCAUUAAUAUUUCUACAUCAGUCGCUAAAAUAACAUUUAUAAAACACUAUACACAUUUUUUCCUUGUGUAGUUAUCCCCAGAAACUUGAAUAGGUAAAACAGAUCACUCUUCUUUUAUUAACCGACUUCAAAAAAAGGAGGAGGUUCUCAAUUCGACUGUUUUUUUUUUUUUGUAUGUAUGUUACUCGAUAUCUCCGAGAAUCGUGGACCGAUUUUCCAAAUUUUUUUUAGGCAAGGUUUUGAGAAUAACUACAAAAUGAUGCAACCUUCAAAUCUAGGGUGAACAGGCAUCUUCUGGGCGAGCUCACUCCAUUGCAGACCACAUCUUUGCCUUUGGCUAGUCUGUGGCCAAGAGUAAGCCCAUUUAUAAUUAAAAAAAAAUACUAAAGGCAAGUUUGGAACGCCACAGACAGUUUUAAAAAUUCAUAAUCUUAAAAAAAGAUUUGUAUGCAACCUGUCAGUUCAAACUGACAGAAUUUUCAGAUUGAACUGACAGGUUGCAUACAAAUC